AAGAAGAUCAGUGUAUGCUGACACCGGGAAGAAAAUUAAUGAUACCAAUCAUUACAAUCAUCUAAUCUCAACCUUUUUUUUUCAAUUCUCACUGUUUUAAAUUUCAUUAAUCAAGAUCGAUUCGAUUUACCAUUAUCUUUAAGUGUUAAAAGCAGUUUGGAUUUAAUACUACUCGCUAAGAGAGAAAGGAGUCGGUGCCAUCCUAUUUCACUCGUAGGUUCAUCAUGAAACUUUCCAUGUCUAUCUGCCACCAAACACAUAGUCACGUGCUUGACAUUCCCACCAAUAGGCUCAAAAUGGACAUUGUAAGGUGGCAGAAAACAAAGGUGGUGAUUUUAAUGGGCGCAACUGGCACUGGCAAGUCCAGACUCUCCAUAGACCUGGCAACCCAAUUCCCAGCAGAAAUCAUCAACUCUGAUAAAAUGCAAAUCUACAAGGGCCUUGAAAUAACAACCAACAAAAUCACUGAAGAAGAGAGAUCCGGUAUACCACACCACCUGCUUGGAGAAGUAAAUCCUAAUGCAGACUUCACAGCUAAAGAUUUCUGCAACAUGGCUUCACUUGCUGUUGAAUCAAUUUCGACUAGGGGCUUACUUCCAAUCAUCGUUGGAGGCUCCAAUUCAUACAUUGAGGCCUUGGUGGAUGAUGCAGAUUAUAGAUUCCGAUCAAAAUACGAUUGCUGCUUCCUGUGGGUGGAUGUCUCAAUGCCUGUGCUGAACGAUUUCCUUUGCAAGCGAGUCGAUGAAAUGGUUUUCAAAGGAAUGGUUGAUGAGGUGAGGAACAUCUUCGAUCCCUUGGCAGAUUACUCCAGAGGGAUCAGGAGAUCGAUCGGAGUCCCGGAGCUGGACAAGUACUUGAGAGCUGAAGCUUUUUCCGAUGGAGAAAACUGCGAGAGACUAUUUCUUGAAGCAAUACGUGAGGUUAAAAAUAACAACUGUAAGUUAGCUCAUCGGCAACUGGAGAAAAUCCGGCGGCUGAAAAAUGUCAAGGGGUGGAACAUUCAUCGGAUUGAUGCCACUCAAGUUUUUCGUAAACGAGGAAGCAUGGAAGCCGAGGAGAUGUGGAAGAAGCUUGUGGCCAAACCCAGCAGCGCCAUUGUUAGAGAGUUUCUUCACAGAGUCACAGCUGCCACUUCAGGAAUAACCAAAGACUUUAUUGCGCAAUAUGUUUUCUAAAUUCAAUAUAUGAAAAUAUUAUACAAUAAAUUUGGAGAAUAACCUGAAAUGAAAGUAAUAAUUUCGGCUAUUUAAAUUAGAACACAUUAAUAAAUG